UGAUACGAAAAUAAAUUGAUAAUGUAACGCUGUGGCUGAGUGGUGCGUGUCUCCUCUGACGCUGUGUGGCUGCAUCGGCGCACGGUUGCAACGCGACAGUUCGCAGAGACGGUUCUUUCCCCGUUAUUAUCGCACAGUGUGUUUAACGUACGUUCCAGAAUGGAGACUAAACCAGUCAUCACCUGCCUUAAAACCCUCCUCAUCGUAUACUCCUUCGUGUUUUGGAUAACAGGAGCCAUCCUGCUGGCAGUGGGAAUAUGGGGGAAGCUGAUGCUGGGUCCGUACAUCUCUCUGAUAGCCGACAACUCCACCAACUCCCCGUACGUCCUCAUCGGCACCGGGACCGUCAUCAUCGUUUUUGGCCUGUUUGGUUGCUUUGCCACCUGCAGAGGAAGCCCAUGGAUGCUGAAGCUGUAUGCCAUGUUUCUGUCACUCGUCUUCCUCGCUGAGUUAGUGGCUGGGAUCUCUGGAUUUGUGUUUCGCCAUGAGAUAAAGGGAACCUUUCACAGGACAUACACUGACGCAGUUCUGAACUACAACGCUGAGGAUGAGGCGAGCCGUGCUGUUGAUUACUUGCAGCACACGCUGCGUUGUUGUGGAGUGUAUAACUACACUAGUUGGUUUGGCAGUGUGUAUUACCCAUCCAACGGCAUUCCUGCCAGCUGCUGCAUUAACUCCUCUGACUGCAACCUAGAAGACCUACGCAAUGCAACUCUAGCCUUGAACAAGGUCUACCACCAGGGCUGCUACGAGCGGGUCACUUCAUUCAUGGAGACCAACAUGGCCAUUAUUGCAGGAGUGACGUUUGGGAUUGCGUUCUCACAGCUGAUUGGCAUGUUGCUGGCCUGCUGUCUGUCCAGGAUCAUCACAGCCAAUCAGUAUGAGAUGGUUUAGCUGAUGUGACUUGGCAGGACAAGAAGAGACAAAGAGCCUUGACACAUGAUGAGAGUAAAUUCCCAAAACACUAUCACACGUCUGUAUUGGAAUUGACCUCCCUCUGUCUCUCUGCCUGUGAUCUUUAUGUAAUAGCUUAAUGUAUCUUACUGUAAAGCACCAUUCCUCGACUCACUGCUGUUGCAUCCAAGCAUUCUAUACCGGACAUCUCUCCCCUGCUUGAUGUAGAAGUUGCUCAUUAGCACAUAUCUCGGAUCAAUACAGCCUACAACAAGCAGGUAGGCCAGAGUUGUUUAAGUUGACAGCGGUGUUUGUCUCAGAUAGGCGUUAUGGUGAAAUUUGGCUUUUCUGUUGGCUGCAGCAUGCUCCACCAACCAUCAUCAGAAGAACACUGCACAUCUUUGUACAGAAUGACGUUACUAAAGCUUGAAAGUAAAAAUGUAAUUGCUAGGUUUAGUUUUGCAUUAGACUUUGUCAUUGCUCACCAUUGUAUAGACUAUGGUUGUGAAUUUUUUUUAACUGAUCUUGUGUACUGAAGUGGAUAGUUUAAGUUUAUACGAAAAAUAAGGAAACUGACAAAGGAGAGAAAAGGAAGGAUUUUAUUAGUGCAUUUUUACCUGUAUACAAGGCCCGCUAUUUCUUUGACUGGAUAUUUUAUCCCAAAAGCAGAUUAUGAUGUGUUAAUUAUAAUUCAGUAUCAAUUAAUGGUUCAAAUACACAAGAACCAAAGGAACUAUCAAACAACCAAAGUAACUUAAAAUAACGCUCAUCUAUGCCCUAAUUUACCACACCUACAUAUACUUAUGACACUUAAUCUAACUUAAUCUCUUUUUGGAGAUUUUUUAUUCCUCAAGAAGAACAAACACAUAAUGUCAGUUAGGACCCAAAUCUAUUAUAGACCAAAGGCCAGGUCACACCAGAAAGUAAUGUUAAAGUAUCUCUGACUCUAAAUACAUGAUAAGUUCAAAUCGUUUAGCCAAAAGACGGCGUGGUACCAUCAACUCCUGUCUCAUAACUGUUUGUGAGCCCAUUUCAUGGGGAAGUUUAUACUAAAUAACGACGGAUCAUGCAACACACAGCUAAAAUGUUGCAAUAGCUUCCUCAGUGUUGCCGCUCACUUGUUCUCCUAAAGAUAGUUAAGAUGACUUGUUAUUGGUCAGCAGUGCACAUUAAGUUGUCAAAGCUCAGUAAAAUUAAACUCAAUGUAGAUUUACUUUGUCUAAUUUAGUCUACAUUUCCUUUAAUAUAAUGUGCCAUUAUUUCACCACAACAUCCAGGUUGAAAUGCUGGUGUGACCCUGCUAUUUCAGGCUCUAAAUCAAGCCUAACACUCAAUACAAACAUUAAAGGAAUUUUGGAUGCUUCAAACCAAAUUGUUGCAAUGAGGUGUCGUCUAAAGGCAGAAAUGUUUAUAGUUGUUUGGAACGGCCACACUUGAAGACAAGAUGAAAAACUUCGAAAAGGUGAAGAUGCAGUGAAACAUACAAAUAGGGAAAACAGCUCACACUCUCUCUUCUCAAAGGCAUUCAUAAUGUUACACCCAUUGUCAGAUGAAAUUUGACUGAUUCUUGGACAAGGUGAGCUGCUUGAUGAUCCAACAAACACGUCAUAUGAAGCAUACUGACAACUUAUUAUUAUAAUGUCAUGGUUUCGGUACUUGUUUAUAUAAAAAGUAACUGACUAAAUAAAAAAAAAUUAAGACUAAAGCAACAGCUGAGAAACUUGUUUUUGUUGAUCUCCAAUGGUUAAAGUUUUCACCUUGUAGCAGUGAUGUACAGGUGUACCUGACAUCACUGUUGGGAGUGGUUACAGGUGCAACAAAACAAGGAUUCUGGGUAUUAACAAGCUUUUCAACUAGAAAGGGUCCCUGAAACACAUAUUUCAGCCUGUUAGGGUGAUAUCAAAUCAUAUAUAAUGCCAGCUGAGUGUUGACAGUGACAGAAGUUGACCUGAGAGAUACGCAGGACUCCAACAGUGUUCAUCUAGUAUUUACAGUAUUCUAUGUAGUGCAUCAACAGGCCAUCCUCACCCUCAUCAUCACUUGUAGAUAUUUAUGGGAAAUGUAAUUUAUAUAUUGUAAUGUUUCUCAUUCUAAUAUGCUAAUCGGUAAAAAAAAAAUUGUGUCACAGUUUUGAUUCCGCACCUUGUGCUGUUAACCUGUAUUUGUUAUAGUUUAUAGGACUCGCAUUGGAAAAAUAAUCGUGGCCAACGUUUUGUUGAGAAUAACAUGCACAUGUAGAUGUUUGAAUUUAGCUGUAUAUUUAUUAUGAUUUGGUUGGUAUUAAGUUUACAGUUUUACCAAGUGAUUUUCCCUCUCUCUUUCAGUGUGAGUGUGUGGGGUUUUGUGUCUUCAUUUGACUGUCCCUGACCUUGCGUGUGUGUGUGUGUAUGUGUGUGUGUGUGUGUGUGUGUGUGUUUGGUUGUGGCUUUUCAAUCCUUUUUGCUUUUAAAGCUCUACAUUAAUUAGUGAAUGUAUGUUUUCCAACACUGAAACUUAGCUUUCCUUCCCCAAACGGAUGUUGUCCUGUAAAUACUAAAUUGUAAUAUCAUCCUGCUUACACAUGGUGUCACCAGACACAAUAAUUUCACCAUGCUGUCUAUGAUUGACUAAGUCACCAUCAGUGGUCUUAUUAUCAAUAAAUAUACAGAAUAACAA